AAUUCAAAUCAGCAAGAAAAGUGUAGACCCAUGUUGUGUUAUUGAUCAAACUCUCUUCCACUAGCUAGGACAAAAGUUCAUAUAUUGAAAUAUAAUUAAUGUGCAUCAUCUUUUACGUCACAUGAAAAGCCUUCCUCUCCUCUUCAAGUCUCUCUCUUCCCUGUAAUGAUCUCUUCCAUUUCUUCUAUAUAAUCCUUUCUGUUGCAAAGCAUGCAGAAGUGAGCACUAAUUCUAGUCUCUCACCUUAACUUUUAUCGACAUCAAUUAUUAUAUAUAUGCCAUUUCUGUAUAACAUGUGGCCUACAUUAGUGGCUAAUAAGAUACUCAAGAAGCGACUAGGAAGCACCAACUUCAUAGCAGAUUAUCCUAGUUAUGAUGAACCUUUGUUGAAUUUUGCAGACAUUGAUCAUAGUUCUGAAACAGUUCCUAAUCAUCCUAAGGACAAACACAAAUACAAGAUUUUUGUUAGUACAUGGAACAUAGGUGGGAUUGCACCGGAUGAAGAUUUAAGUGUAGAUGAUUUGUUGGAGGCAAAAAACAACUCCUGUGACAUCUAUGUACUUGGGUUUCAAGAAAUAGUGCCUCUAAAAGCUUCAAAUGUAUUGGGAUCAGAAAACAAUGAGAUUUCCAAUAAAUGGAAUUCCAUAAUCAGAAAAGCUUUGAAUAAGGAUCAUAGAGACAACGUUCAUAGUGAAUCCACACAUGAUGAUUUCCAAUGUAUAAUUAGCAAACAAAUGGUUGGAAUAUUCAUAUCUGUAUGGACAAGGAGAGAUAUUCGUCCAUUCAUUCAACAUCCAAGUGUGUCAUGCAUAGGUUGUGGCAUAAUGAGAUGUUUAGGAAACAAGGGUUCUGUAUCAGUGAGAUUUCAAUUACAUGAAGCAAGCUUCUGCUUUGUGUGUAGCCAUCUAGCUUCAGGGGGCAAAGAAGGGGAUGAAAAGUGUAGGAAUUCAAAUGUUGCUGAAAUUUUUUCUAGGACUAGCUUUCCUAGAGGUCCUUUGUUUGAAUUGCCAAGAAAUAUUCUAGACCAUGAUCAUGUAAUAUUGCUUGGAGAUUUAAAUUAUAGGAUUUCUCUUCCAGAGGAAACGACACGCUUACUUGUAGAGAAAAAAGAGUGGGAUUCCUUAUUAGAAAAUGAUCAGCUAAUGAUGGAGCUAAUGAAUGGCAACAAUUUAAGAGGAUGGCAUGAAGGACCAAUCAAAUUUGCACCUACCUACAAAUAUUGUCCAAAUUCGGAUAUAUAUUAUGGUUGCUGUUGUCCUGGAAAAAAGAUAGAAAAGAGGCGAGCACCAGCUUGGUGUGAUAGAAUAGUAUGGUAUGGAAAAGAUUUGAAGCAACUUGAGUACACAAGGAGUGAAUCAAAACUAUCAGAUCAUAGGCCUGUUAAGGCAAUUUUUACUGCAGAAGUAAGGGUUUCAUCUGAGGUCAAAACCUUACAGAAUUUGUCUCUAUCAGAAAGAUUUGAGCAAAUUAAAACUCCUUUUGAAGUUUCUACCACAGAUGAACUUGUAUGUAGAAAACAAUCAAGUUUCCGGUUGUAAAUUAACCAUCAGUGUGAUUGUGGACAUAAAUUAAUGUGUAUAAACAAGAAAAUAGAAUUAGAAUUUGAGUGGAAAGAAAGUGGGAAAGUUGUUGUAGGGGACAUAAAGUUUUUGUUGCUGAGGAGUAUACAGUAAAUUUGGUUGUCGUUGAAUUGGAUUGUAUUCUUGUUAUAAUGUGAAAAAUGAUGCACAAUGAAACGCAAUACUCGAUUAAAUAACAUA